GGGGCACCAGACUGACUCUGGAGCAAGGGGCGCGGGCCGGGGCGGAGGGCUCUGCUGGAGAGCGAGCAGGACCCGGCCUGAGGCCCCACCCCUGCUUGGGGCCGAGGGUGGGGGGACGGAAGGCUGGGUCUGGGGGCCCCGCAGGGUUCGACUUUCCCGCCUCAGGUUUCCCGAGCGCCAGCAACGCACUAGGCGCCCUGCAGCAGAAGUGGGCAGCGCCUGUCCUGGGCUCCGCACGUGGGGCGCGCUGACCUAGUGUUCACUUUUGUUACCUGCCUUCUUCCUAGGGUCAGCAAUGCAGCUGAGCGGCCGCGAAGCAACAAGGCUCUGCCUGUCGCCGGGCCUCAGUUUCCCCUUUGUACCACAAAAGGGUCACCAAAGUAACCUCACGCGCGUGGAGAAGCCAUGGUGGUGCACUUGGCCCACCCGGCGGAGAUUUUCUCCGAAGCGCCUCGGUGCUUCCUGCUGGCGACAGGGCCGGGCUGGCGGUCCCCAAGCAAUUACGAUAUGAAGCAACUGAACAGACCAGCAAAACUGCAAAUCUUGCAAAAAGUGUGGGGUUUCGUGAAGUUGGCAUGACGCGGUACAAAUGAAGCCGCAGCUGACCACAGAGGAAGAGAACAUCACUUAGAAAUGAUCGCGUCCUUCCAGAGAGAACUGACUACCAAAGGAUUCCAAAGCUGAGGAAAUGCUCAGGGGGCGCUUAUGGAUCAGACUUACCCAGAGUCCCAUGGCUGGGGAGUCAGAGACAGCACAGCCUUCUCAGCGGAAGCAGGACAGGAGCUGCCCCAUGGGCCCCUGAGGGAUGGAGAACUGGGGUCCUGCCCAGCACACACGUGUGUCGCAGCUAGGACAGAGCAGAGAGCCCGAGCGCCUCUGCAAGGUUCAGCUACCCCCCGGAAGUGCUGCAGGCACCAGGUAAGGGUGAGAGCAAGAGAUGUCCUGCCCAGCUACCAGUUCAGAGGAAGCAAAAGGGCUGCUGAUGGGGAAAGAAGAAGUGAAGCGACGGUGACAGCGACGCAGCAGCCGGACAGCAGCGGCCCCGCAGGGCGGAAGCCGGUUCCCAGAAGAGACCGGGUACAAGGCAUGGAUUGCCGGGGGGCCUUUUUCCUCUGCCUGUGCUUCAUGACUUCUCAGAGUGAGACAAUGGACACAUCCCAAGAACCCCUGCGAUGCAUGAAGAAACUGGAGACCAUAUCCAAAGGCCGCAGACCGGCUUCUCUUCCUGACAACAUCCGGGAACUGGAGAACAGCCUGUUGAACGCCAGCUUCAGGGGCAACAACCUGACCUUGCAGACACGCUCUAUCCAGUCACUGAUCUUCAAGCUGGGCUGCGGCUUCGCAGGCCUCUCACUGAACAGCACCACCAUGGAGCAGUACUCCCAGGCUGGGGUCUCCCACGCCAUGUACUUCCCGGCAGAGCUGACCAAGGACACCUGCAGGGCCCGCCCCAGGGAGCUGCGUCUCAUCUGCAUCUACUUCUCCACAGCCUACUUUUUCCAGAAUGCCAACUCACUUGUGCUCAAUAACUACGUCUUGGGGGCCCAGCUGGGUCAGGGACACGUGAGCAACCUCAACGAGCCUAUCAGCAUCAGCUUCCAGCACAACCAGAGUCUGGAAGGCUACAAGGUGACCUGUGUCUUCUGGAAGGAAGGAGCCAGUAAACGUUACUGGGGGGUCUGGAGCCCUGAGGGCUGUCGCACAGAGCAGCUCUCACCUUCCAGGGUGCUCUGCCGCUGCAAUCACCUCAGCUACUUUGCUGUUCUCAUGCAGCUGUCCCAAGCCCCGGUCCCCAGAGAGCUGCUGGUGCCUCUCAUAUACAUCUCCCUGGUGGGCUGCAGUAUCUCCAUUGUGUCCUCGAUUCUCACUGUCCUGCUGCACUUCCAAGCCAGGAAGCAGGGCGACUCCAUGACACGCAUACACAUGAACCUGCACGCCUCCGUGCUGCUCCUGAAUGUCGCCUUCCUGCUGAGUCCUCUGCCGGCCACACCCCCUGUGCCUGGGUCAGCGUGCACAGCAGUGGCUGCCAUCCUGCACUUCGCACUGCUCAGCUGCCUCACCUGGACGGCCAUCGAAGGCUUCAAUCUCUACCUGCUCCUUGGGCGCGUCUACAACAUCUACAUCCGCCGAUACUUGCUCAAGCUCUGUGCAGUGGGCUGGGGGGUCCCAGCCCUGCUGGUCCUGCUCCUUGUUGUUGAGAGCUCAGCAUAUGGACCCUGCACAAUUCCAGUCUCCGGCAGCCAAGAAAAUGGCACGGGCUUCCAGAACAUGUCCAUGUGCUGGGUGCAGAACCGCUGGGUGCACAGUAUCUUGGUCAUGGGCUACGGCGGCCUCACGUCUCUUUUCAACCUGGUGGUGCUGGUCUGGGCGUUGCGGGUGCUGCAGCGGCUGCGGGCCCGGGACAGGGCGCUGAACCCGCGGGCCUGCCGGGACAGCGUCACCGUGCUGGGCCUCACCGUGCUGCUGGGCACCACCUGGGCCUUGGCUUUCUUCUCCUUUGAUGUCUUCCUGCUGCCCCAGCUCUUCCUCUUCACCACGUUCAACUCGCUGUAUGGUUUCUUCCUCUUCCUGUGGUUCUGCUCCCAGAGACACCACUCUGAGGCAGAGAUGGAGACAGAGAUGGAGGGGUUCAGCUCCUCCCAGACGAUGCUGUAGUCUGGGCCUCCUCGCCCGGAAGCCCUCGCCUCUCUGGCCACCUGUAGCCCGAGGCUCUGGGCUCCCCCAGAGAAGGUGGCAGGCCAGCUGCUGGACACCAGGGACCCCUGUGGCCUCCAGGGAGGCUUUUCUACCUCCGUGGCUUCCCGAGGCCCAGAGGGCAGUGCGCUGCUCUGCCUCCCCUGGCUUCCUGGGGAUGGGAAGGCAGAGCCUCUUUCCUCGCCUCCUGAGGCAGGUGGCCCGUGGCCAGGUGGCCCUCUGAUAAUUGGGUAGGUUUGAAUUGCCCCUGGUAGGCGUGACCGUAUGGAGUCUAAAACGAAGCCCAGGCUACAAUUGUGGAGAAUGAGCAUUGCCCUCGACCUCUGUCCGAGCAAGAGGGAGAGGGCUCCUAAAGCCAGCUCCAUUCCUGGCUUGCACACCAGGGGGAGCUGUUGGCCUGUGCACGGAAGCCAUUGGCUCCCCGAAUCCUAUCUGGAAAUACUGCCGCCUGUCUGGGGACAUGACACACCAGAUGGAGGGGGUCUGGCUUCUGGGACUGCUCCUGCUGAGUGACUGAAGAAAGGAUUCUCGCACUGUUUGCACACCCAUUUCUCUUUUCCCAACGCAGCUGUUCGCUCUGGGUCCUGGGGUCUUGGGCAUCCAUGGCGCUAGAGCAGGUGGGCUGGGGGAGGCACUCAGAGCCCCGCUGCAGGCCAUCAGACAGGUAAUAACGACUUUGGAUGGCAUGGCGAGAGUCCUGGAGCCAGAUCCCUUUUCUCCUGGGGGUGGGGGCAGGGAUCCUCUGCUCUCUGUUUAUUUCUGGAUGCCCAUAGCCCUUGGCCAGCUGGUGAGUGCUGUAGGCUCUGGAACCCGACUGCCUGGGUUCAAAUGGCCUUACCAUUUGCUAGCUGUGUAACUGUGGACAGACCACUCAAGCUCUCUGUGCCUUAGUUUUCCCAUCUGUAGAGUAGGGGCUGUUGUGGUGCUGAUUUUGAAGAUGAAAAAAAGAAUCCAUAUAAAGAGGCUUAGCAAGUAGGAAGUGCUCAAUAAAUCAUUAUUAUUGUUA